CUCUAUGCGCUGCCGGUAGAGAGGGGCUGACUGGCUGCCUGGCUAUCACCGAAGCUCUUAUCAGUGGAUCCCAGUGGGUGCAAGCUGCGCUCAUCGAAGUCAGUCGAGAGGCUAACUUCAGUCGGCCAGCACCUCCGUCCCUCGCCGCAGCCGCCCACACCGCUCAAGAUGUCUUGGAACUCCUACAUCGAGAACCUGCAGGCCAGCGGCAGCGUCAAAAAGGCGGCGAUCUGCGGCCACGACGGCUCGCUAUGGGCGGCCACGGAGGGCUGGAACGUGACCCCCGACGAGGCCAAGAACCUGGUGACCGCCUUCACUAACAGCAGCAACCUCGUACAGUCAGGCAUGCACGUAGGGGGCACGCGGUUCAUCUUCCUGAGUGGCACGGAUCAGGUGUUGAGGGGCAAGAAGGGCCAGGCUGGAGUCCACGUAGCGAAGACCGGCCAGGCCAUACUGAUCGGCUACUACGAAGACCCGACCUCCCCCAACCAAUGUGCAACCCAAGUGGAAACCAUGGCCGACUACCUCAAGGGCAUGAACUACUGAACACCCGAUGGCCGGCACGGAGUUCGAAGCAGUGUUAAGUGAAGCAGUUGUGGGGGAUGUCAUGAGCCGAUCCAUUUUUUUUGUUAGAUUAUAUAAGAAUCCUUCUCAACCCACUGAAUGUCAGAUGUUAAUGGUUGUAAAGGAGGUAGUUCCUGAUUUUUCCGCCCUUAUACUAAGGGCACCCUAACAACUCCAUCAUCAGUGUGUCAACAGCCCGAGCUUCCAAACUGAACGUUGUGAUAGUGACUUUUUACCUUCAAUGACAUCAAAAAUUAAGUAAUAAAUAAUUAUCUUGUA